UGACGCGGUUCUCACUUUCAGCGUCUCUCUAAAGACCGCUCUUCCAACAACGCCACCAUGCCAAAGCUACAUUACGCGUCUUCUCCAUUUCUGUCUCCAAACCCUAACCCUAAGCAUCUCUCCCCUCCCCCCCCCUCUCUCGCCUUCGUCUUUCCUCGAUUGUCACUCUUGUCUGCGUUUCGAUUCAGAUUUCCCUAAGAGAAACCUCAUGAGUGGCCUUAACGUCUCUGGAAUACAUCUCUUUUCGUCUCUCCUAAACGAUCGGAGCUUCAGAUCAUUUUCUGUUUUCCCGCCCGAUCCUUCUCUAGCGUGAUUGAUUUGUGGUCUCUGUUCUUGUUUGAUUUCGAAUUGGGAGGUUGAGGAGGGAAUUGAUUCGAUUUAGGAUGUCGAAUUUGUAUGGAGAAUUCAAUCAGAAGAUUGAUUAUGUCUUCAAGGUCGUCUUGAUUGGAGAUUCUGCGGUCGGAAAAUCUCAGCUUCUGGCGCGGUACGCUCGUAAUGAAUUCAGUUUAGAUUCAAAAGCAACAAUUGGUGUUGAAUUCCAGACAAGAACGCUAGUUAUUGAUCACAAGACCGUCAAGGCACAGAUAUGGGAUACGGCUGGCCAGGAAAGGUAUCGAGCAGUGACAAGUGCAUACUAUCGAGGAGCAGUGGGAGCAAUGCUAGUGUAUGACAUGACCAAACGCCAAUCAUUCGAUCAUGUAACAAGGUGGUUAGAUGAGUUGAGGGGCCAUGCAGAUAAGAACAUAGUUAUCAUGCUUAUUGGCAAUAAGUCUGACUUAAGUACCCUUCGAACGGUCCCAACCGAGGAUGCCAAGGAAUUUGCUCAAAGCGAAAACCUCUUUUUUAUGGAGACAUCGGCUUUGGAGGCAACUAAUGUUGAGAAUGCCUUCCUAACAAUCCUUACAGAAAUUUAUCGAAUCAUAAGCAAAAAAACACUCGUUGCAAAUGAAGCAGAAACAGCAGGACAUUCAACACUUCUCAAGGGAACCAAGAUAAUUGUCCCUGGCCAGGAGAAACGUGCCAACGAAAAGAAGUCUGCAUGUUGUAUGUCUUAAUAGGUUUACUCCCUAUUUUUAACUUUCACAAGGAUUGCCCAUCAUAUGGUCUGAGUUUUUUUGCUUUUUGUGAAACUUGUUCUUUAGCUUUGGUCUUCUUUUUUGUUUGUUUAUUUGUUUGAGGUCUGGGUUGAAAAAACCUAUAAUUUUCCAGGAGACAAUGACUUACAAAAUUUGGUAUUUUGUAGGUUAUCUUUCUUUUUCUUUUUCUUUUUCUUCAAAAGAGAGGAGGGGGUUUGUUGUUGAAUGAAACUACUGAGUUAUCACAAUUUAUAUUAAAAAGAAAGAAACGCCUCUUAAGAUGGA